ACUCGGCCAGCGCUGCUGAAGACUAGCAGUCAAGGUGCAUAACGGUAGUAACAUGCUCUCUGGGCUCCUCCUCCUCCUCCUCGGUGUCGCGCCGUCAGUGCUCACAUCUGCGGUGCCCCGCGCUGCUCACUCGGCGUCUGACUGGGCUGGUUCGACCACAUCAGCUGUAUGGCCCCCUCCAGAGGCAACGAACACCGGCCUGAGUUCGUACUUCCCGGACGCAAGCCAAGUAGGCUACCCGGGACCAACCCCAACUGGAGAUGAAGCGGAAGCCAUCCAGACGGCCCCCCCGUCCGACAUGGAGAGCAUUUAUCCUCUGACCGACCCAAAGGCAUCCGGCUCUGAAUCGUCCGGGUUUGACGUUAUCCGUUACUGGGGCAAUUUGUCACCUUGGUACUCUGUCCCGUCCUCUACACACGGUUUGCCAGAUGCUUCCCCUGAAGAUCCAGACGGCUGCAGCAUCAAUCAGGUCCAUCUCCUGCACCGUCACGGCGCAAGAUAUCCCACAUCCGGCGCAGGUCCAGCGAGUUUUGCUGCCAAGCUCCAUAAUACCUCUACUACUACUGGCUUCAGUGCAUCAGGUCCUCUGAAGUUCUUAAACACAUGGACUUACAAACUGGGCGCCGAACUUUUGACUCCCUUUGGAAGAGAGGAGCUAUUUGACCUUGGCGUCGGAUUUCGCGUCAAGUAUGGCGAUCUACUGAAAGGCUUCACCGAGCUGCCCGUGUUUCGUACAACUUCAGAAGAACGUAUGGUUGAAUCUGCCCUCAACUUCGCGGCAGGCUUCUUUGGUGUUCAGACCUAUCAGACCGACUAUCACCAACUGAUCAUCAUUGAAGAAGACGGCUAUAAUAAUACACUAGCCCCCUGGAAUGCAUGCCCGAAUAACAAUGCCGAAAAUAUAGGUUACUACGGCGAUAGCUUGCAGGAACAAUGGAUCGAACAGUACCUGACGCCAACUCUGAAACGAGUAGCGCCCCUGAUUCAAGGCUUCAACUUGACAAUCACGGAUUUGUAUCAUAUGCAACAAGCAUGCGCCUAUGAGACGGUUGCUCUUGGGUUCUCUGAUUUCUGCAGUGUAUUUACCCAAGAGGAAUGGGAAGGGUUCAAUUAUGCGAAUGACCUCUCGUUCUGGUAUAGUACUGGUCCAGGGAACCCGACCUCAGCCGCCAUUGGGCUAGGCUGGGUUGGCGAAAUGAUGGCUCGCCUGACGCAAACGCCCAUUGACGGUCCGUUUGCGGAGGUGAACACCACAUUGACGAACAACGUCACAUUCCCGUUGAACCAGCCAAUAUAUGUUGACGCAACUCAUGACACGAUUAUCUCCGCAAUUGUGGCGACUAUGAACUUCACGAGUUUAGCUGCUGGCGGACCUCUGCCCGUGGACCAUAUUCCAGCUAAUAGGUCUUGGAUCACGACCCAAGUAUCCCCCUUCGCGUCCAAUCUAGUCGGGCAGGUUCUGUCGUGUCCCGCCUCGAAUGUGUCCACGCACAUCCGAUGGAUCCUGAACGACGCUGUCAUGCCCCUGACCGGCCUUAAAGGCUGCCAGGAAGAUCCAAAUGGCCUUUGUGAACUAUCAGCGUUCAUUGCAGGCAUGCAGGAGCGGAUGGCAGAGAUCGACUACGACUUCGAUUGUUUCGCCAAUUACACCGUCCCGACGCCGGAUACCAUUAUAGAUGGGAGAUAUCCUCCGGCUCUGAGGAAUGGAACGGCAUAAAAAUGAUAUUUUGUACGACGGUGGUACGCUAGGGUGUAUCGGUAGGACUCGGAAAAGCACCACGAAUAACAAUUCCCUCUUGCGUGCGUCGGCUGUCACUAAAGCAC